AUGUCCGAUAUGUCCAAUACCCGAGUUUCAUAUUCUGGCAGAACAGGCAAGCAUAAUAGUGUACAAUUGGAAAAGGCUUUCUUUUAUCUUAGACGAUUUUUUCAAGAAGCAAAAGAACUAGACCCUGUAUUAGCCGAUACACUGAAGGCAAAAAUUUUCAGCGCUCUCUCUGUUCCAAGUGAUGGUGGGGAAAUUCCUGGUACGUCUCUACUUGCAUUUUGGAACAUCAUGACUCUUCCUGAUCCCUACCAUUCGUGA